AUGAUAAAGUAGACAUAAAAAGUUUAUGAAUCAUUUGAACAUUUUUGUGGAUUGUAAUAAUAAUGGAUAAAACAAGAACAUGAAGAAGAACAAAAAUUUAUUUAAUUAAUAAGUUAAGAAUUGACUCAUGCUUAAAUAAUAUAAAUGGGUUAUGGAUUAGGAAAAUUAAAAUUAGUCAAAACUAAAUUGACAUUUGGUAAUAGAUAAGUACUUGUUUUUGAAUAAUAAUAAAAAUUAUAAUAAGAAGACAAUAAAGAAGAAUAAAAUAAAGAAUUUUCAGAAAUAAAAUAAGAAAAUUUUAGAUUAAAAUAAGGUGAUUAAGUAGGCAUUUAUAUAUGGUCUAAUGUUUUAAAUUAAUAGAAAUUUAAAAAUCCAGAAGCAAUUGGUGUGAUUGAUAGAUAUAGAAAAAAUUUAAGAAUUAUUUUAGAAUAAAAUUGUAAAGUCCCUGAUGAUAAUUCAAUCUAUGGUAUUUGUUUAUAGGAAAAUCAAGUAACAUAUAAAAGGUAUUUCUUUUGUUGAAAUAUAGACAUUUAUAAGUCAUAGAAGAUUUAAAGUAAUAGUAUGAAAAACAUCCCAUUAUAUAGAUCUUAUUUUGUGAUUAAUAAGAGGAGAAAAUAAAGGAAAAAAUUGAUUAAAAUAUUGAAUUUUAAGGUGAUACAAUACAAUAGUUAAAUGAAUAGCAAAAAAUUGCUGUGCAAAAGGCCAUGAAAUAACCUCAUAUCUCUUUAAUACAUGGCCCACCUGGAACAGGAAAAACAAGAACUGUUUGUGAAUAUAUUAAAUAAGCUGUUUUAGUUCAAAGACAGAAAGUAUUUUAGUAUAUUUUAAGUUUGAUAGGUAUUAGCAUGUGCAAAUUCUAAUAUCGCAGUCGAUAAUAUGAUAGAAAGGAUUUUGAGUAUAAGCUAAUUGAAAGUUUGUAGAAUAGGUAAUCCUGCAAGAAUGACAGAUUAAGUUAGAUAUGUUUGCAUUGAUUAAUUAGUGAAAAAGACAACAAGUUAUGCAAUGUAUUGAAAAUGAUAUAGUAUUUUAGAAUGAAGACUAUAAAAACAGAAAUUUAAUAGAUUGAAAAGAAACUAAAUAGAACAGAGAGAAAAGAAGCAGCUGAGCUUAGAGACAAGUUAAGAUAAAAGAAAAAGGAGUACUUUGAAUAAUAAUAAUUGGCAUAUGAAGAGGCUAUUUAAGAUUGUCAAAUAAUAUUUAGUACAAAUGUUGGGAGUGGUUAAUUUCAAUUUUAAUAAUUAACAAAAAAUAUAAAAUUUGAUGUUGUUGUUAUUGAUGAAUGUGCACAAUCAUUAGAAAUAAGUUGUUGGAUACCAAUUCUUAAAGGAAAUAAAGUAGUCUUAGCUGGAGAUCAUUGCUAAUUACCCCCCACUGUUAAAACAAAAAAUACUGGAUUAGAAAUGACUUUAUUUGAAAGAGUUGAAAAUGAACUUCAUAUUAACACUUAAUUGACUGUUUAAUAUAGAAUGAAUAAAUCAAUUAUGUAAUGGUCAUCAUAAGAAUUUUAUGAAGGGCAUUUAAUUGCUGAUUAAACUGUUGCAAAUAGAACAGUAAGUGAUACUAUUUUACUAUUUGUUGAUACUUCAUGUUGUGAUUUCUAUGAACAAUAAUAAGAAAGUUUAUUAAAUUUUGAUGAUUAAAAUAAAUCCAAAUAUAAUGUAGGUGAAGCAGGACUAGUUUAAAUAAUUUCUGAAGAGCUACUAAAUCUAGGUGUUUAGAAAUAAGAUAUUGGAAUAAUUACUCCUUAUAAUGCCUAAGUUUAAUUUUUAAAGUCUAAAAUUAAUGAUAUUGAAAUUUCAACUGUUGAUGGAUUUUAAGGAAGAGAAAAAGAUUGUAUCAUAAUUUCAAUGGUUAGAUCUAAUUAAAUAGGAGAAGUAGGUUUCUUAUGUGAAUCCAGAAGAAUGAAUGUUGCAAUUACUAGAGCAAAAAAAUUUGUUUGUCUUAUCGGUGAUAGUGAAACUGUUUCAAAAGAUCCGUUUUUGAAAAGGUUGGUUGAUUACUUUGUAGAAAAUGGAGAACAGAGGAGUGCAUAGGAAUAUUAACAUGAUGAUAAGAUUUAAAUACCUAUAAAAAUUGAAUAAGUUUAAUAAGAUGUAAAGAAAAAGAAAAAUCUAUAACCUAAAAUACAAGUUAAAGAGAAAAAUAAAAAUAAUAAAAUUGAAGAUCAACAAAUAGCUCCAAAUAUUGUUUAAUAAGAGUAAAAUGUUCUGUCUUAAUUAGAAAAAUAAGUUCUUGAUUUCAUAAAUUCAAAUGAAUCAGAACUUAUUUUUAAAGGUCAAAAUAGUUUUUAAAGAAAAGAGCUUCAUGAACUAGCAGAAAAAUAUAAUUUAAAUCAUGAAAGUAUUGGUAAUAAUAAAUUGAAAACUUUAAUUUUAUCUAAAAUAUAAAAUGGCAACUAAUCAAAUUUAUAAUAAAAUGACGAAGAUAAAAUUGAGAUAAUUGAUAAUAAUAAAUCAAAUAAUUAAAUUAUUGAUGAUGCAAAAGCCGAUAAAAGCCAAAAGGUAGAAAAAUAACUAUAAUAACAACAAUAAUAACAAUAAUAAUAAUAGUAAUAGUAAUAAUAAUAAUAAAAAUAACAAUAACAAUAACAAUAGUAAUAAUAAUAAUAAUAAUAACAACAAUAAUAAAAAUAAUAAAAAUAAUAAUCAUAAUAAUAACAACAAUAAUAAUAAUAAUAAUAAAAACAAUUAUAACAACAAUAGUAAUGUUAAUAAAAACAACCUAACUAAAAUUCUUAAUAAAAAUAGGAGAAAAAGUAAAAUACUCAAAAUAAAAAAACUAAAGAGCAAUUGGAAAAAGAAGAGGAUGAAUUUUUUGAUUCGAUAGUUUUAAAAGAUGAAAAAAAAUGUUCUUUUAUGUCCAAUAAUAUUUAAUGUAGUUAAAGUAUAUUAUGGCUGUCUUAAAAAUGUUAAUUUUGUAAUAAUUAAUUUUGUCAAUACCAUUCAUAUGCUGAAAGGCAUGGAUGCGAAGAUGAAGCUUGUAGACAUGCAAAGUAAGGAAUAAAAAAUAUAUUAGAUUAUAAUUUUAAUCAAAUGAGCGAAAAACAGAGAAAAGUAGGACUGCACUUCAAGAGAAAAUAUAAGAGUAAUAGAAGUCUAGAGGAAAAAAGUAAAAAAAAUGA